GCCAAUAAUGCAAACCCCAUUCAGCUACUUUAUCCCCUUCCUGUCUUUUGGUUUCCCACUGACCAUGGUCUUGGAAAGCAUGGACAGUUGAGGUCUCCGAUUCUGAACAGAGUUUUGCGUAGUAUACUCCAGAUCACGAGCAAUGGCAAGUGUUUCGUCUCCAGAUCAACUGAAUGAGCAAUUUCAACGUCACAGACUGAGUGCUUAUGCAAGCAGUUCCGAAAGCUUAAGCAGUUAUGAUCAUAACAAUUCAAUUUCUUUGCCUAUCACCCCCACUCAUUAUUCCAGUUUCCCAGCGCCGAAGCUCGAAGUUGAAAUGAUGAAAGAGCGGUUUGCAAAGCUUCUGCUAGGAGAGGACAUGUCAGGAGGAGGGAAGGGAGUUUGUUCGGCUCUCGCUAUUUCCAAUGCGAUAACCAAUCUCUCGGCUGGUGUGUUUGGAGAGUUGUGGAGAUUAGAGCCUUUGGUGCCACAAAAGAGAUCCAUGUGGGAGCGGGAAAUGGCUUGGCUGUUAUGUGUGAGUGAUUCAAUUGUCGAGCUAGUUCCUUCAACACAAGAUUUCCCAGGCGGUGGGACCUUUGAGACUAUGGUACCCCGGCUCCGACCUGAUAUACACCUGAAUCUUCCAGCACUUAAGAAGCUUGAUUCCAUGCUGCUAGGCAUUCUUGAUGGAUUCAGGGAUUCAGAGUUUUAUUAUGUUGAUCGUGGAGUUAUAGUUGAUGUUGACGUAGCUCUUGAAAUUGAGACUAACAUGUUACCUCUCUCUGCAUCUUCUGCACGGCCAUCAAUAUGGCAGGAAGAGAAGUGGUGGCUUCCAUUUCCCAAGGUGGGGCAAAGUGGUCUCUCUUCAGACAUGAGGAAGAGACUGCAACAGUCCAGGAAAUGCACGCACCAGAUUCUCAAGGCUGCUAUGGCUAUUAAUAGCAAUGUGCUUUUUGAGAUGAAAAUCCCACAUGUUUACUUGGAUAACUUGCCCAAGAGUGGGAGAGCUUUAGUGGGGGACAUCGUAUAUAACUUGUUAUGUGCUGAUAAGUUCUCCCCUGAGUGUGUUCUGGAUUACUUAGACCUAUCAUCUGAAUAUUCAACUCUGGAAAUAGCAAACAGAGUAGAGGCGACCAUGCACAUCUGGAGGCAAAAACACCUAAAAGGGCAUGUAAUUAGUCGGAAGGGUGGAAAAUCUUCGUGGAGUGGCAAGGUCAAAGGCAUGGUGGGUCACACGAAAAAGCAUAAGCUUCUAGCACAGCGUGCUGAAUCCCUGCUGCAGAAUUUGAAGCAAAAGUUCCCCAGCCUCCCCCAAACUGCUUUGGACAUGAGCAAGAUACAGUACAAUAAGGAUGUAGGGACAAUCCUCGAGAGCUACUCGAGAGUGAUGGAAAGCUUGGCCUACAAUGUAUUAGCAAGGAUAGAUGAUCUUAUUUACAUAGAUGAUGCCGCCAAGCAACAUGCAUCAGCGCAAUCAAAAUAUUUAUUUGAUGAAGAGAGGUUCAGUGUGUUGUACCAUUACAGAGACAAAAGCACAAAGUAGCUCCCACCACAAUGUUUGUGCUCGUCUAUAAUUCAAGCAUCGCAUGUCUGGGAUGGAUUAUAACUGACUUCCUUGCCUUAUCCGUCGGUCGUCUCUUCUUUUGGCUUAGUAUGUAACUACUAGCUAGGUGUUUAAAGCAAUCAUUCAUAUGUGAAUCUCUCAAAUCUCAAUAUGGUGAUAUACUAAUGGAGGGUUCUUGAGACA